UCCAUGGCUGCUGCAAACGCCGCAGGAGGCUGCGCUCUGCCCGACUCUCCGCUGGGAAAGAGGCGAUGCUAGAAAAUAGGCGGUGAAGCCAAUGCCGCUGGGUGGAAGCCCGCCGAGCUGAGCCCUGCCGGCCGCCAGCAGCCCCAUCCCACCCCGCCGCGGCGGCGCGGAGCUCCCAGCCUGCAUCCCGGGGUGCCGGGAGCGCCGGGAGGCAGCCGGGCGGGCGGCAGGAGGGCUUAGGACCCAGGGGGACGGCAGUGGAAGGACCCAGGCUUUGGCGCACACGCCUCCUGCCAAAAAAAAAAAAAAAAAAAAAAAAAAAAAAAAAAAAAAAAAAAAAAACACAGCCCCGUGGAGCUGGCGCUCGCUCAUUCAGUUUUCUAGAGAGAUCUGAGCCGGAACCCGGGAGCCGGGAGAUCUUGUUCGCCCACAGAUCAGCAGCAAGGACAUCUACAGGGGAAAAAACCCACCCCACGCAGCCCCCCGCCGCCCCACGGCAGCUGCCGGCGCUGUGCAGUCAGUGGUGGAAUAAACAACACUUUCCUUUGGAUGGAUUAUAGUACAUGUGAACUGUCUGUUACUCUGAAAGAAUAAGAAAGCCCUUUUCUUUUACUUGUUAAAAAUCAGCUUGAUAGCAAAAAGCAUCUGAAUGGCUCACGCUCACAUCAGACCAUCAAUUGAAUGGGAUCAGCACUUCUACUAAAAUAUCCGAAGUUAAGGAUUUGGAAAAGAGGUUUUUGCAGAGAUGACCCAUUUACAAGCUGGACUUAGUCCAGAGACUAUAGAGAAAGCUCGCCUGGAACUGAAUGAAAACCCAGACAUUUUGCACCAGGAUAUCCAGCAAGUCAGGGACAUGAUCAUCACGCGGCCCGACAUUGGGUUUUUACGUACAGAUGAUGCCUUCAUCUUGAGAUUUCUCCGAGCCAGAAAGUUUCACCAAACGGAGGCCUUCAGACUGCUGGCUCAGUACUUCCAAUACCGCCAAUUAAACCUGGAUAUGUUCAAAAACUUCAAGGCUGAUGAUCCAGGAAUCAAACGGGCUCUGACAGACGGGUUUCCGGGAGUACUGGAAAAUCGCGACCACUGUGGCAGGAAGAUUCUUCUGCUUUUUGCAGCCAACUGGGAUCAGAGUAGGAACUCCUUCAUAGAUAUCCUUCGGGCUAUUCUACUUUCCUUGGAAGUGCUCAUUGAAGACCAGGAGCUUCAGAUAAAUGGCUUCAUUCUAAUUAUAGACUGGAGCAACUUCUCCUUCAAGCAAGCCUCCAAGCUUACACCAUCUAUCCUCAAACUGGCCAUUGAAGGGUUACAGGACAGCUUUCCUGCACGUUUUGGAGGAGUCCAUUUUGUCAAUCAGCCCUGGUACAUCCAUGCCCUGUACACGCUAAUCAAACCAUUCCUCAAAGACAAGACAAGGAAAAGGAUCUUUCUUCACGGUAACAACCUGAACAGCCUUCACCAGCUAAUACACCCUGAAUGCCUGCCCUCUGAGUUUGGGGGGACUCUGCCCCCCUAUGACAUGGGGACGUGGGCUCGGACGCUGCUGGGUCCCGACUACAGCGAUGAGAACGAGUACACCCACACCUCCUACAACGCCAUGCACGUCAAGCACGCCUCCUCCAACCUGGAGCGGGAGGCCUCGCCCAAACCCAUGAAAAGGUCCCAGUCUGUGGUGGAAGCCGGCACGCUGAAACACGAAGACCAGGGGGAAAGUGAGAACACCCAGCCACUGCUGGCUCUGGACUGAGCUCUCACGAGCCCCACGGAGAUCCAUGAGCAGACCUCCACCAUGCCAGAACCCCACGGAGCCCACCACACACAGACACGCGCACGCACACACACGUUUCGCCGAUAACCAGUCCUUCGUGUUUCCUGACCAAGUGACAGCUGUCACCAGCCAUCUGUCCCACGGCCGCUGCUGAACAAGAACUGAGAAACUUCUACUCACACAGCAGUCUGUCCAUACACAAAGAAUUGGAUUUAUUUUUUUUUUUUCCUCUUUGACUUGUGACAUUAAAAUGUUGGAAAUGGUGGGACUGCAUUCUCUGUUGAAAGAAACCAGGGUGUGUUCAUAGUGUUUCUGAAGACUCCAUCAGGGAUGUUCAUUUUAUAGAAGUGAAGGUUGUAAGAGUUUUAAAGAAAAGCAUCUCAAAUUUAAACUUUACGCUGUAAUCAGCAAGUGUAAUCUGGGUUAGAGGGCAGAAUCAUCAGCAUCUAUAGAGUACUUGAGUUUUACAGAAGGAUUUUGCAUUUAAAAAAGAACCCCAGUGCCAGCCAUAAUGCCAUUCAACAUGACAUGUUGUGACUGCCUCAUCCAUGCAGCUUAUAUGGGGGUCACAUUUCAGUAUUUAGCAAAAAUUGUUCUUAACUUUUGAAGCCCUUCUAAAACUGCCAGCUAAGUGGAAUGAGCUGUGUGAGCAGUAGACACACACAAUUUGAAAUGCAAUUACUUGAUUUUAAAAAUGAUUAAAAUUUCCACAGGCAACUUAGGAGCCUAUAAGACGUGUGUGUGCAUGUGUGUGCACAUGUGAAGGGGGUGGUUCCAGGCAGACACACUGGACAAAUUCAGCAGUGAUUCGUGGUUCAAUCCAGAUUGUUUCCUUUAGAACACAACAGCAAAUGAAAGUUCUGCAGAAUCAUUUAGCCCCUUCCCUCCUGCAGUCAGGGAAAAGUGCAGCCAGAAAGGUAUGCUGAUUGCAGAUGUGGGCCAUGGUUAAAAUGAAAAAGGAAAACUUAGAAUUAAUUAUCCAGUACAAGUUUCUGCUAGAAGGAAAUGUUGAAGAAUAGAAGAACUGAAAUGCCAAAGAUCAGUUUGUUAUAUCUCUGUUUGCUCUAGAGUACCAUCCCUUCAUUGAAAUGGAAACCGGAUUAAAGAAAUAAAAGAACAAUCGUUAUCAAA